AUGGACGGCUAUCCCAACCCAUACGCUGCUCUUAUCGCAACCUUCAACCAAGUGUCCCCCCAAAACAAGGACGACUUGGACGACCCUCAGAACCUCCCUGACGAUGACUUGUUGCUCUGGGCCAACGCUCAGUUCACUUAUGAUAUGCCCCCAGGGGUUGGUAUCUAUGAGGACGAUAUGGGUGUCAAACUGGCCAUGAGUCAACAGCAGUUUCAGCACACUCAACAGCAACACCAACAACAACAGCAGCAACAACAGCAACAACAACAACAACAGCAACAGCAACAACAGCAACAACAACAGCAGCAGCAACAACAGCAGUUUCAGCCGCAGCAACAACAACCUCAAUCCUCACUGGCUGCUCAACAGCAGCAGCAGCAUGCUCUCCAAUACCAAUCCUCUGACAUGCAACGCCAGCUACAGCAAUUUGAUGCUAUUCACAGAUACCUCGACUCGACCUCUUCUGAAGAUCCAAGGACUUCCCUUGCUGUGGUCGAGAGGUCUCGCCAAAGGAACCCCGCCACCACCAGUGCCGCGACUUCAGGCCCCGCCCCUCAGCCGAUCCAUUACGAUCCCCGCAUAAACGUCUUAUAUCCCCACACCAGCCACGCAGAAUCCUCCACCUCCUUUUCUGCCCCGACCACUGCCGGUCCCAUCAGCCCUGCGGCGGCUCGCCUCCUUCGCCAGCCAUUCUUGUCCCUCCAAACUCCACAUCCUGCUCACCAGCAGCAACAACAGCAACAGCCGCAGCAGUCUCAGGCAGGUCCUAGCUCAACCUAUUCGGUAGGCCCAUCUCCUCUGGCUUCGCCUACGACCAUGUCCGAUUUCCACCAUCUCCAAAUCACCCCCUUGCCCCCAAUCACGCCAUCAAAGCCCAAUGAGGAGCUGCAGGCCUUGAGAGGGAUUUCACGCAAGGAUGGUGGAAGUGGAAGCAGUAGUAGUAGCAGUGCCAACGCGACGACCGCCGGUAUGUCUGCAAACUCUCCUGCCAACUCUAGUACCUCCACCAAGGCAAAUGCUUCUUCUGCGGUCUCUCCACGUGAAGAAGAGCAAAGCCAGGCUGAAAAGGAAAUGGACGAGUAUGACCUCGACCUCGACCUCGAAGACCAGAACGAACAGGCUGACUCCACGGGUUCUUCAAGCUCCAAAUCCAAGAUCCUCGCUGCCCUGGAGGGACUGUCUCAAGAUGACCCCGAGUACGCCACCCGAUUGGCAGCAGAAGAGGACAAGCGUCGAAGGAACACUGCGGCGUCUGCACGGUUCCGUCACAAGAAACGUCUGCGUGAGCAGAUCCUCGAGAAGACGGCCAAGGAGAUGACGGCAAAGUCCGAGAUGUUGGAGGUGCGCGUCCGUGAGCUUGAGAUGGAAAUCAAGUGGUUGAGGGGGUUGAUUGUAGAGAAGGACUCGCGGUCGUUGGAUGUGGGUGCAACAACCCCGACGUCGGCGGCGUCGCCGGCAUCCCUUGGUGGUGAGGCAAUGGCCGUUGGAGGGUCUCGGGGUGGAUCCAAAACAGAGGGCACUACACUGUCGAGGUCUGUAUCAAAAGCCAAGCGUGGCAAGAAGUCGCAGUCAUAG